AUGAGAGGCAGAGCACCGAGCACGUUUGCACAAAAUAAUGCUCAUCCCGGCCUGAACCAACAAAACAGCACCAGCAAGACUAAGGCUAAGAAUUUAGAAUUCAAAUAUCUUUAUUUUAAGAUCCAAAAACUAAUUAAUAAGAGAGUGGUAUUGAGUUUGAAAUAUGAACAAUUGAAGUCACCUGGAGUUCAUUCAACUUUAAUGAAACCAUUAGGAUCGAAAAUUGUGGAGAUAGCAUCAAUUAGUAAUUUAUCUAAGAGAAUUAGUAGGGUUCUUAAUUCUUUACCUACUAACUCACCCUUCCAAACUCCGAGGUUUGGCCCACAAGCAAAUUCAAACUAUAGUCAUGAUGCUAACGGAGGCCUGAAAGUAUCAAUUAAUUUAGUUUGUAUUUUAUUGCUUUUGAGACUCGAGUUUACAAUUCAGGCGGAGAACAAUUUAAUUAAAUAUGACAUAUUGAAUACCAAGGCAACAAUAUGUGAAAUACUAGCAAUAAGAAUGUUGAGAGAAUAUAAGGCAUAUGACCGUAUUAAUUUGUUAUUUACAAAUCCUAUGCGAGAUGAUCAUUUCCAGAACAAAUUUCCUUCCCGGAUAUCAUCAUACAACACUCUCGAAUUGGCAGUAUUAUCAAAAUCGAAAAAGUUUCUUUCUCAGCCUGUUAUUGAACAAAUAUUGGAUAGAUUUUAUGAUGGAGAAUUGAUCGUUAAGAGAAACAAUGAUCUCAUUAAUGAUUCGAUUGUUCAAUCUUUAUUGGACGUGAAUUCAAUGUUUCCGAACUUGGAGGAGCAAACCUGUUUGUUAAACGAUAAGAGUGAAAAUGCAGUUAUAAAUUAUACUUUCAAAAAACUAUCCUUGCAUAAGAUAACCACAAGAGCAAACAUAGUUCCGAAAUAUCAAUCACUUGUUAUGAAUAUGAAGUUGAUCUUUUUCGCCACUUUGCAUUUUAUAUUAAUUUUGGAACAAAAGCAAACAGAAUGGUAUACUGAUCCGAAUAAUACAUUUAUGAGAAUAACUGAACUUCUUUAUUGGUUAUUAGCUUUUAAUUUCAAUUUUGAGCUUUUUAUUAAACUCAGGAAUAUUAACUUUAAAUUCUUGAGAAAAAUUAUAUGGACCUAUGCUGACUUGAUUCUAGUCUUAUUAAUUGAUUCUGCCCUUAUAUUAAGGAUAUUUUCUCUUUUAAAUAAAGUGGGUACCGAAGAUUAUCAUGAUGCAUUUAGUUUGAUCUCAAUAAUAUUGUUGCCUAGAAUUUUAUCGGUAUUCAACAAUUAUGAAUUUUUUAAUAUGAUAACGCAGUCUUUGAAGAAGAUGCUUUGGAAAUUAAUUGGCUUAUUCUUCUUAUUUAUUUCAUUGAUAAGUGGGUUUUAUUUGACGUUUAUUUCAUUAGCUAUUGACCGUAAUAGCUACGAAAUUGCAUUUGAUAUGCUCAAAGUCUUUUUUGGGUUUACACCGGCUGUUUGGAGUAACUGGGACAGUUAUAAUAAUUUAGGUCGAGCAAUCCAGAUGGGUUAUUUAUUUUUAAGUCAGUUCAUUAUAGCUACUAUCUUAGCUAUUGUACUAAGUCAGGUAUUUUCCAAGGUAUCUCUAUCUAACAAGGAAGAAUUUGCAUAUUUCAAGUCUACGAAUUUAGUGGUUUAUUUUCAGACUUCAGACAUAUUCUAUGAAAAUGGGUUUUACGGCAAGAGUAAUAGCUUAUCAACUAUUGGCAUCUUGUAUAUGUUUAUGAACUUAUUUAAGUUUCCAAUUAUUUUGAUUAUUUUUAUUUAUGAAUUAAUUGUUGCAAAUAUUAAUUCAAAGAAGGGCCAAAAUGAUUUGAAGCAGUUUACAUUUUUAAAUAAAGAGCAAGAUUAUUAUCAAGAUCAAGACUUGGUGAACAUGGAUUCAAUUGAUGAUGAUACAGAUGUGAGCUUAAUGAUGGUCAAAACAAGAAAUAAUUCAAUGUUUCAGGCCUUACCAGGCAGAAAAAUUAGUUCUGUCGAUAAUGGAAACCACCAUGUAUCUUCCCAUUUAUUCAACAACCUUGCUCCUGCUAAGUCCAUAAGCACGCUCGGAAACCUUAGAAGUGCAUCUACAGAUUCAUUCAUCAUUGAUGAAAUACUUGCUAAAAAAUAUGCCGUCAAUGGUAAUGUUAUUGCCCAGACUCCCGUCCAUCAAGGCUUGGAAAUCGCCAAGACUGCCAAUAUCGAGGCCAAUUCCAAAUUAUCAGCAUCUCAACAAUCAAAAUGGCUUACUGAUCGAAAGUCGUUAAUGAGCAUGAACAACCUUGCAUCAAAUGCCAACUUUAGGGCCCCCUCAGGUAAGAAAAUCAAAAAGAGAAAGAAGAACGUGAACAACGAAAUAAUGACCAAACUCAAUAAACUCGAAACAUUAGUAGACAUGCUUGUAAACCAGCAACAUGAUCAGGAUGAAACGGUGCAUGCAUUUCCCCAACAGAUCUACGACGAUCAAAGCAUAAUUCAAGAAGUAGAAGAGAAUGAUUCUAGUUCGGUUAUCAGAGGCGAUACCGAACACAAUAACUUUGGUGAAAUUUACAGAAUUAACGAAGUGUCUCUUGAUGAUAUGGAUCUGCUCAAUAUGUCUCACGAAGAUGCGGAUGCAGGUGAAGAUGACGAAGUAGAUACCUCAACCGAAGUAGAAUCUGAUGAUACAUACUGA